AUGAGCUAUGCAUCGAAUGCAUCCAAUGGUACUUUAGUUGCUGGUGGUAAUGGACCAGGAACACUGACCAGCCAGCUGAACAGUCCAUAUGCCAUUUAUUUUGAUUCAUCAUCGAACAGCUUGCUAAUUGCCAACCAUGGUGCCCACACUAUUGUUCGGUGGAUUAUCGGCUCCAUUGGAUGGACGCUUGUUGCUGGGUCUAUUAAUAAUGCUGGUAGUACAGCAAUAAUGUUGUAUUAUCCAUCAGACGUCACACUCGAUUCGAUGGGUAACAUUUAUGUAGCUGACACAUACAAUCAUCGUGUACAGUUGUUUCGUGCUGGUCAACGAAAUGGAACAACUAUUGCUGGUAUUACAGGUACAGUUGGUAACUCACCUAAUCUACUUUAUUAUCCAAAUUCAAUCCUACUGGACAAACAAUUGAAUCUUUAUGUGUCGGACUCAUACAAUCAUCGGGUACAAAUGUUCGUUCGAUACUAA